AUGUGGGGCGGGAGGGCUCUGGCCCUGCUUCGGGUGUGGGGGUUAUGGUCAGCUUGGGUCCCCGGGAGGAGACCCCUGAGCUGCCAUGCUACAUCGCAAGCUCGAAGCCACACCCCCCGGUGUUGGAACUGCGGCCGCGGCCCCGAGGGCCCGGGGCGGGGGAACACGUUCUUCUGCCCGCAGUGCCGCGCGCUGCAGCCCCCCGACCCCACUCGAGAUUACUUCAGCCUCAUGGACUGCCACCGGUCCUUCAGGAUUGACACCAUGAAGCUUCAGCACAGGUACCAGCAGCUACAGCGUCUUGUCCAUCCUGAUUUCUUCAGCCAGAAGUCUCAGACUGAAAAGGACUUCUCAGAGAAGCACUCGACCCUGGUGAAUGAUGCUUAUAAGACCCUCCUGGCGCCUCUAAGCAGGGGACUAUACCUUCUAAAGCUCCGGGGAAUAGAGAUCCCUGAAGGCACUGAUUGUGAAAUGGACAAGCAGUUCCUCGUGGAAAUCAUGGAGAUCAAUGAAAAACUGGCAGAAGCUCAAAGUGAUGCUGACAUGAAUGAGAUUGAGUCCAUCAUCACAGUCAAACAGAAAGAAUGUAUUGACAACGCAAGCCGGGCCUUUGAACAAGAUGACUUUGAAAAAGCCAAGGAAAUUUUAACAAAAAUGAGAUAUUUUUCAAAUGUAGAAGAAAAGCUUAAGUUGAAGAAGAUUCCACUCUGA